GCUGUGGAUUUAGUGUUUUUUGGUUGCGAGGGCUUUCGUUGCAGUUCUGAGGCUCUCGUUUCGAAGCUGGGCUUCUGCGAUGCGAAGGAAAUUCAAGGCUGUAGUCGUUACUGUCUAUGGUGGUAAUUGUCUUCAGUCGUGAGACUUUGUCGCAUAGCGAUACAUUUCAGGGAGUUGUGUUGGCGUGGUUGUGCUGGCGAUGCCGCCACUGUGGACUGGUGGCCAUGCGCGUCGCAGGUUGUUGAGUGUGUUGGCGGAUGCAGGUUACGAAGAUUUUUGAGAAGGGAGAUGAUGUAGAUCGUGCGGAUUGCGCGCGGGAGGCAUGUGAUUAGGUUUUGGUGUUUGCGUGCGUGCGUGUGGAGAGACGUGCCAGGGCGUGGUUUAAAGAAGCGCUGCUUAUAGGGAUAUUAGUUGCUGGUGGUGGUGUGCGUAAGGCUGAAGGUUCAAAUGUCAUCUGCGGCCGAAUUUGUAGAGGGCGGUGCUCAGGAUCCAUGCGACGAAGCUUGUAGCAUCUGCCUUGAGUCCUUUGGUGAAGAUGACCCUGCUACUGCUACUAGUUGCUCGCACGAUUACCAUCUGCAAUGUAUUAUUGAAUGGUCACAACGAAGCAAGGAGUGUCCAAUGUGCUGGCAGCCACUCAGCCUGAAGGACCCGGAGAGUCAAGAUUUGCUGAAUGCGAUAGGGCAGGAGCGGGCAUUGCGUCGUCGUAAGUUACAGGCUGCUCAAAUUUUUCAUCAAUCUGCGGUUGAAGAUUAUGAGUUCGAUCGAUUUGCAUCCUAUGGGGCCGAGGAUUUCAUUAUGCAGCAUUUGGCGUCCGGGGCUAUGGGACGAGCUCAUCACACAAGCCGGAGGGAACAAAUUCGUUUUCGGCCUACUACCUCUGCUCAGGGUCAUCCACAUUUUGUCCUCGUGUCCGGUGCACCUGCAGGUGCACCAUCUUCCCCUGCAUCCAGUUCUCCGGCUGCAUCUCUUCCGCAGUCUAGUAAUAGCGAGGCAUCACUUGCAACUGUCUUCGGAUUUCCUCAUUACCCUGCUCCCAAUAGAGACCACAGCUCAGCCAAUUCUUCAACUAUUAGAUCGCAGAAUCUCGAGUUAGAGGAGCAUGGAACAGCUUCAGAGACUCUCGAUACCUUCAAGUCUCGUGUGGUUGCAGCAUCUUCUAGAUACAAGGAAUCUUUGACCAAGAGCACUAAAGGGUUUCGUGAAAGGUUACGAAUACGUGGUGGAAUCAUGCAAGAUCUUGGUGCACGAGCACGAGACAUGAGUGCUGGAGUAGCACGAGCCUUAGAACGGAGGUCUGUAGAGCCAGGAACAUAUCGGCCUUAUGGGUCCAACUCUCUUCAUGGGCAACUUUCAGAGAACCCUCAUCAUCCACAUGACCAUGCUUCUGAUCGCCGUGCUGCUGGUUCGGUCUCAGCAGGGUCACCGACAAGCAACCCUUCUGUUCCCCCUAACUCGCACUUCACUAAAACCCCUGAACUACGUAUUGGGGCGGAAAAUCAGGUUCAAAACUAGUCAGUAGGAGCAGGUCACUUUGGAACAAGGGCAAAUGCUGGCAUCUGUGGCUACUCCGACGACGAAGUAAGGUGUGUAGUAGGGCAUGGUGCACGCAGCUGCAAAGUAAAUUGUACAGAGUUGGGAUACUUCAUAGAUCUACAAGAAAAUAAAUGAUUUAAGUGCGGUCACAUAUGUUGCCUUGAGGGAGUUCUGGAAUGUGUGAUUUUGAACUGCGCAUCAUUGAUUGUAUUUGUCAAUACCAUCCUGUAAAGACCAACAAUUCGUAAUGUAUGGAUUUUGAAA